GCGCGGUGUGCGUGUUAGUUUUGGGGCAGCGACAAGCACAAGAGCCGAGCCGAGCCGAGCCGAACAGCACCGCAGCAGGCUGUCCGUCGAGAUUAAGUAAACACCGAGAGCGCUGCUGUGUGCACAAUGCGCUAAAACUGUAGAAGUGGGCAGCGCUCGUGUUCAUACUAACAUGUUGCGUUUUGGACUGAAGAAGCUCCCGAAAGAAACAGCAGAAUGAGAAAGAAGCAGACGGCCAAACAGAGGAAGACUGAGGAGACUACAGUUGUCCAGGAGUUUGUGGUGGAGAAAAUAAUCCGCCGCAGGAUCUCUAAUGGGAGAGUGGAGUACUACCUAAAGUGGAAAGGCUUCACAGAUGCAGAAAACACAUGGGAGCCUGAGGACAACCUGGACUGUCCUGAGCUCAUCGAGGAGUUCCUGAGAAACGCCCAUCUCUCCGACGAGGAGGAAGAGUUCAUUCCCAAAGAAGAAAUGACCGAGCAGGAGACGGAAAUUUCCUGUGUGCAGCAGGCUCACGCCGUGCACAGCAACGAAGACAUCGUCCUCCAGCCGGAUGAUGAGCAGUCAGACGCCCCCGCUAACCUCAGCACUUACCUCGAGCCUGAGUGCAUCAUCGGCUCCACGGACCGAAAGGGAGAGCUCAUGUUCCUCGUCAAAUGGAAGAACUCGGAUGACGUGGCCCUGCUGCCGGCCCGCGAAGCGAGCGCCAGAUGUCCCCAGGUGGUCAUCGACUUCUACGAGCAGAAGCUGACCUGGCACUGUGGAGACGAGGAGCAGUAAAAAUAAAAAAUAAAAAUGUGUGUGUGGGUUGAACGCAGAGGAGAACUGAUAAACAGCUGCGCUCUCACCUGAAGCUUAGUUUAACCUCCAUCAAGUGUCCUCCUCCAGCUGACAUUAGAGGCACGCUGUGUGAAAUCACGUCCCGCUGCAGGUAGAGUUUUUAACCGGCAGGUGCGGGGAUCCUCGGCGGAGACGGGAUUUUUUAAAGUGCCCUCAGCUCUGUGGUGCUCGGCAAAGGUCAUGUGCCUUCGACACCGCGAUGGAGACUAAAACUAACCUUGGUGUAGAGCAGCUGAUUUGAGGUCAAACUAACCUGUUGCAGCUUUUUUUUUUUUCUUUUUUUUGUGUAAUGUAGCAGACUCAAUCACUGUGGAUGUGUUUUGGUUUUUAAGAUAUUGUUCUAUUUAGUAAUUUAUAGUCCUGUUUAGCCACAAGUAUCUCUCACUGGAAGGGGUCCUUGGUUGAUUAGCGUGUGCUGUAUCCCCUGUAUAGCCGCACUGUGUCGGCGGAGUGAGCUAACUGCUGUCCAUGUAGAGCUAAAGAUUAUAGACCUGUUGUUUGAACUUGUAUCGUGUGAGGUUUUUACAGCCACAGCUUUUACUGUCUCUUACUGUAUCUCUGUGUCACCCUUGUGGUAAAAUGUAAAACAAUCUGGCCCGCUGGAAAUUCCCAAACGUUCCCUUCUCUUCUUUAUUAAAUUAUAACUUGAUGCUUUUACCCAAAGUGAAGUCCGGUUAGAAUUACUCAAAAGGCCUCAUUUCUGGAGUGAAUCUGUUGAGAUUUACACCUGUCAAAAAGAACUUUUGUGCACCUGCAAUAGGUCAGACGAUUGUUAAAUGUAGCACUUUAGAUAUGAGACUGUCCAUUUCCACAGGGCAUUGUUGCUGGCUGUAAUUGUACUUGAUACCUGCUUCCUGAUGGCGCUGCCCUGACUCGACAUAUCUCCCGUAACUGUUAUGGGACACUCAGCUGAACCUUAAACCUCCUAAAACUCACCUGCUACUGAACUACUGUAACUGUUGACCAUGGAUCUGUGAAGUCUGUGAAUAAAAUUAAACCUUUUGUGACUAA